AUGUCGUUUGGACGAGGAGCUCCGCGCGGUCGCGGCGGUGGUGGCUUUGGCGGCCGUGGAGGCGGAGGCAACCUAGGCCGAGGUGGAUUCCAGCAAAGGGAUAUGGGCCCGCCCGCCACGAUUCUUGAAAUGGGCAAAUUCAUGCAUGCGUGCGAGGGCGAGAUGGUCUGCGAGAGCAUCAACCCUAAGGUUCCUCACUUCAACGCCCAGAUCUUCCUCGAAAACAAGACUGCCGUCGGCAAAGUUGACGAGGUGCUUGGCCCUAUCAACCAGGUUUACUUCACCAUUAAACCCUCGGAGGGAAUUCAGGCCACAUCGUUCAAAGAGGGCGACAAGUUUUACAUUGGGUCCGAAAAGCUUCUUCCGCUGGACAAGUUCCUUCCCAAGCCCAAGCCACCCCCGGGUGCACCAAAGGUGAAGCGAGCAGGCCGUGGCGGUGGACCGGGUGGCAGAGGUGGCCGCGGCGGUGCUGGUUUUGGUGGCCGUGGAGGCGGCAGAGGACGUGGAGGCCCGGCAAGAGGUGGCCGCGGUGGUAGUGGCUUUGGCGGUCGUGGAGGCGGCGGCGGCUUUGGCGGCAGAGGCGGAACGCCGAGAGGAGGUGGUGGGUUCAGCGGCGGACGUGGACGCGGAGGCUUCAGCAGAGGAUGGUAA